AUGGACGAACCGCUUCAGUUCGUGCCGUUCACAUCCGAGAUAGAGCUGCCGUUUUACUCGGCGCUCUUCUCAUCCAAGCUAGACUAUGACAAGCUCGACGACUCUGCGCGCGGGAUUUUGGGCGUGUACGAGCCGCGGGAUGUUGACCCAGACGCAAGCUCCAAGCUGCAGAUUCUCGGAAGCGCCUUGACAAACACAGAUCCCCCUCUAGGAAAAGCAAGAGCCGAAGGCAUCAUCAAAAAUGUCAAUACCAUCGAAGAUUUCAGGAAGACCGACAAAGCCGCCAUGUUGAAGCUGGCGGGCAGGCAGAUCUGGGACUCUAUCAAAGACGGCAGCAUUUACUCCGUUCCUUCGCUCCUAUCCUCGUUCAUAAUUCUAUCAUACGCCGACCUCAAGAAGUACAGAUUUAUAUACUGGUGCGCGUUUCCUGCGCUGCACUCAGACGCGCAGUGGAAGCGCUCUGGCCCCAUCCAGCGCCUCAACUCGGACGAGACCACAGCCCUUAUGGAUCGCGUCGGCACAUGGAGAUAUAUUGUGGAUAAGCGUGAGCAUGGAUUCUUUUUGGCCAAGAAGAUAUGGGGGGAGAAGCCCAAGGAUUUGAACGAACAUGACCCGGCACUCAAGAUUCCAUACAGAUGGGAGGUUGCCUCACUGCGAAGUUUUGAAGAUGGUUUCUUCGAUGGUGUUGCGGAGGAGGAUCGAUUUGUCGCAUUUUUGGAUCCAUCAACUUUCUCAGAAGGCCCAUCAUGGCCGCUGCGCAACCUCCUGAUUCUGAUUCGCCACCGAUUCCGCUUGUCCAAGAUUAAUAUCCUGUGCUUCAGAGACGAAUGGUCUAGAAGGCAUGAAGCCAAAAGCAUCAUUAUACCCAUCACGAUGGACCCCGUUGAGGACAUGGAGAUCAAGGAGAUGCCCAAAGUUACAGGUUGGGAGCGAGCAAAGAACGGCAAACUUCAAGCACAGCUGGCAAACUUGGGCGAGUACAUGGACCCAUCCCGGCUGGCUGAUUCUUCAGUCGACCUGAAUCUCAAGUUGAUGAAGUGGCGACUGGCCCCGGAUCUAAACCUCGAUGUAAUCAAAAACACCAAAUGCCUGCUGUUGGGUGCCGGGACGCUGGGAGGCUACGUCUCACGAAACUUACUGGGCUGGGGUGUGAGGAAAAUCACAUUUGUUGACUAUGGCAGCGUGUCCUUUUCGAACCCAGUCCGCCAGCCGCUCUUUGAGUACGAAGACUGUCUCAAUGGUGGGAAACCAAAGGCUAUUCAAGCCGCCGAAAUGUUGAAGAGGAUAUAUCCGGGAGUAGAUGCUGAGGGCCACUCCUUAUCCGUACCGAUGCUCGGUCACGCUCUCACUGAUGAGGCUAGAGUAAAGGCCGACUACGACAAGCUCGAAGCCUUGAUUGAUGCCCACGAUGUCGUCUUCUUGCUGAUGGACACUCGCGAAUCCCGUUGGCUGCCAACAGUGAUGGGAAAAGCAAGCGGCAAAAUUGUCAUGAAUGCUGCCCUUGGAUUUGAUUCAUAUGUGGUUAUGCGGCACGGCGCUGAAGGGAAGCAAGAGAGCCAAGACUCCCUUGGAUGCUACUUUUGUAGUGAUGUCGUCGCCCCGGCCGAUUCCAUGAAGGACCAAACGCUUGACCAGCAGUGUACCGUGACUCGCCCCGGAGUUGCGGCCAUUGCCUCUGCACUCUUGGUUGAGCUUUUGACAAGCCUCCUGCAGCAUCCGCUGAAGAACAGCGCCCCGGCACCCCAACCAAGGCCGGGCGUUACGCUCGAAAGGGACCCCCCCGAUCACCCGCUUGGCCUUGUGCCGCAUCAGAUCCGUGGCUAUGUAUCUACCUUUCAGAACCUUGUCCUUCGCGGGCAAUCAUACGACAGCUGCAGCGCAUGCAGCCCCAAGAUCUUGGACGCCUUCCGUAACGACGGCUGGGGAUUUGUCAAGAAGGCUCUCCAAGAAAAGAAUUACGUCGCCGAGCUUUCUGGCCUCGCAGAACUCCAGCGCAAGGCUGCGGAACUGGAGGCCCAGUUGGACUGGGACGAGGAGGAGGAGGGGGUUGAAGAGGGCGAUGGAGAAUUGCUCUAA